GACUGUUGAGCAUAUGCUGACAGCACAGCGCGGAUCCAUCCAUCCUCCCUUCUUGAGUAUUUCGAUCUUCCAAUACUAGCUCAGCGGCGUGGUCACCCAGCUUCGUUUGCGUCCCUGAGCGACAGGCAUCUCAUCAGCUAUGGGGCAACGGCAUGGUGCCGGAGCUAUUCUCCUGCUGGCUCUUCUCUUCGGCCUAUUCGCCUCGUGCUCGCACUCCUGGCAAGUCAAGUGCUCCAGCGGCCCUCUUUCUGGCUCCAUCGGUCGAACCGUCAGCGUGAUGAGGGCCGUACUCAAGCAGCAGCGCAUCCCCGGCUUCGUCUUCGGGCGGAGGGAUGCCGAUGGCGUUCUCACCAUCACCGUUUACAAGAGAGGCAGAAACGUCAACGUGAAAUUCCGCCUGGUGACGGAAAGCGUGUUCGUCCCCACGACCCGCUAUAUCAACUUCGGUCCUGUGGGGUACGACGGGCCUCCGCUGCUCUCCAUCCCCGGCAGAGGCCGCAUGCGCUGGCGCUUCGACGGGCCCAAGUACUGGAUCACGGGGUGGGUGAUGAACGCGCAAAGGAAGGCCUCGCUAAACGCAAGCAGAACUGUAGCAGAUGUGUUACAGGAGGUGGAUACGGAUCCGGGGAGCCACUAUGCAGUUGUCAACAGUGCUGCGAAUUGGAAGGGGGCGAUCAGAGGGCAGCUGAGACGAGCCUUUUUUGUGCCAUGUGUUGCGGGUCGUGGGAGACGGUUUCUCUUGGAGGAUCCAUAGAGCACACCAGCCAGAGUAGAGAAGGUGCGUCAGAAUAACUCGACGUGUACAAAGUGCACUUUCUUGGACAGUGCAUAACGAAUCGUACAACUGAUAAGCAGAUGAGCCUCAGGUUGCAUUAGAACGUUGCUGUGUAUGCUAACAUUUGAUUAAUUGUGUACAAUGAGCAUCCA